AUGGGUGUUGCUUCGCAGUGUUCUAAAUGUGGCAAGUAUUCUUCUUACAAAACUUUACAAUUACAUGAUAUUUAUGAGUGUUCUAGUCGGCAAAACCGACCGAACCAGCAAGCGGUAAAUCAGCAAAUUCAGCAGGUUAACCAACUAAUAAAUACAAUUCAGCAGUUAGCCCAAAAUGCUUCAACUUUAAUUCAAUCGAUUAAUAAUGAUCAACAACUAACUCCGCAACAAAAACAACAAGUUAUAAACAAUCUUAAUUCAGGGAUUAAUAAUCUAAAAACUGUUGCGGAUGAUUUAGUUAAGAAAAGAAUAAGAAAAAACAAAUAUGGAGUUCUUCAAAUGAUACUCCAACCCCAUCGUAUAAACAAAUUAUUAGAAAGAUUUACCCAGCAAGAACUAGCCGAUAUUUUUGAGAUCAAUGAAAGGACUAUUCGUAGAUUAAAAAAACCAAACUCUACUCCUAAAAAGGCAGGUAGGAAAAGAAAACUUAGUCAAGAAAGCCUACUUGCUUUACGCCUCUAUGCUAUUGCUAUCAAAGAUUUUACACAAAAGAAAGAAAUCAAACACUUUAUCGAAGUAAUAAUUCCUUUCUUACUAAAAUCUGAUGCGAAUAUUUUCUUUUUAGAUGAAUGUGGUUUUCAUCUUAAUGAGGCUCCGAGAAGAGGUUAUUAUUUGAAAAACGAACGAUUAGUUGCAUUAAAUAGCGAGAAAUUUCAUAAGUUCCUAACUGAAUUUAAUCCUCCUAACAACGGCAAGAAAAACUAUCUUAUAAUGGAUAAAUUGCCAGUUCAUAAAGCUAACCAAUCUUGUAUUGAUUUAAAACUUACUCCAAUUAAAGAACUAUUAAAAAGUAAGAAUGUAGAGAUAAUCUUUUUACCCUCUUGCACUCCUGAACUAAAUCCUGCUGAAAAGUGUUUUAAUAUUACUCGCCAACAUAUAGAAAAAAGCCGAGCCAGAGAAAAAGAUAAGUUAGACUUGGCUAUUGAAGAAAAGAAUAAUGGUAAUGGUAUUAUUGAGAUUAGUGAUAUUGCCGAGAUUAAUUCUCAUCCUAAUGGGGAUUUAUUCCUUAUCUAUCACAAAGAUAAAGAAAUAGAUGAGAAACUUUCCUAUUUUAGUCUUUUAUGUUUUGAUCUUGAACCGCCUGAAUGUGCAAAAUCAUAA